AUGUCUCACCCACCAAAGGACAAUGAUGACGACUCGUUGCAGGAAGCGCUAAAACGGAUUGCGGAGUCGGAAGCGGUUCAUCCUGAGAUUGAAGAAGUCGUGCGGCAGCAAAUGAGUGCUGCCAGUUUGACGGGUGGAGCCGCUAUUACUGCGCCUGUUGUUGCUGCUGCUGGUAGUGGCAGCGGCGGUGGAGACGACGAUUCUCUGGAGUUUUGCUUGAAAGAAAUCGCUGCAGCAGAAGCGCGAGGAAGCAUUACCAACGGCGGUGUGCCAUUGGAAGUGCCCAUGGCACCUGGUGAUUUCGAAGAAGAAGAAGAAGUAGUAGAAGACGACUUGGAAGAACCGGAAAUGGCCCAGAAGAAACCUGCCGCGGCGGCCAAACCGGAAAUGGCCAAGCGACCGGGUCCUGAUGAUGACGACGACGAAGACGUGGAAGAUCCCAUGGCGGCGUAUCGUCGACGAGAAGCGGAAAAACUCAAAGCCGAAAAGUCCCAAUACAAGAACCUAGAGAGCGCCGACUCAUUUUUGACACGACCCGCACGCAACGUCCAGUUGGGCAAGGGCGGUGCCGUCAAUACCGGCACCAUGACACCCGGUGCCGUGUCGGUAGGCCAGUUGGCACCCAAUGCGCAAGUGUCCGUGCCGCAAUUGGCGGUAGAAGUAUCACAAAUGGAACAAGCCGAUCCAACUGGUAUGACGGACGAACAAAAGAAGAAGCAGAAACAACAGACCAUGAUGGAAUCACUCAUGGUGCCGGCGGCCAUUGGAGUUACCGUCGUUGUUGUGAUUAUCAUUAUUGUAGUCAUUGUCGUCACCACCGCCGGUGGUGGUGAGGAUGAGACAACGAUUCCCAUGACGACGUCAACCGGGGAACCGGAAGACGAAGGAACCAAGGCACCCCUCGAGGAGUUUGCGCAAGACGCUUUCCCACAGUCCACCAUUGAUCAAAUUCACAUGGGUGCUACGCCACAAGCACAAGCGUAUGAUUGGAUGGUCGAAGAUCCAGCCUUGGCAUCCUACACCCAUUCCAGAAUUAGACAGAGGUUUGCCCUGGCCACCUUUUAUUUUGCCACGGGAGAGUGGCGUGACCACACGGGUUGGACCAACACAACCUUGCACGAAUGCGACUGGUUUUCCAAAAAGGCCACAGGUGCCUGCGAUGAUAUGGACCAGAUGAUUCACUUGGCACUGUCGGACAACGAUUUGGAGGGGACCAUCCCACCCGAACUCUUUUGGUUGACCAGUCUCAAAACUGUCGAUUUGUUUGGCAAUCGCAUCGAUGGGACCAUUCCUUCGGAAUUUGGGCUGUUGACGGAUUUGACAUCCAUCGAUUUGUCCGGAAAUUCAUUGGAUGGAGUGAUACCAGGCAGUUUGAGUGAACUGCAAAACUUGACCGAAUUGUAUCUCGAGUCCAACCAGUUGACCGGGCACAUCCCAGCUUCGUUGGGGUCCAUGAGUCUAGAAUAUUUACGGCUCAAAGGCAACAACUUUCGAGGAAUGAUACCCGAUGAAGUUUGCUCCAUUCAAAGUUUUACCGUUGACUGUACCGCGGAGAUUGUCGGGUGUGAGUGCUAG